AUGAAUCUUGGUCACUUGAGCCUGGUUCAAGGUCGAGCUCGCCUGGUUCAAGGAACUCCGUGGGGCUGCGCCGCGCCGCGAACGCGCCCGGAGAUUGCUCCAAGGGGCGACCGAUGGGAGGACAGCUCCGAUGGCGGAGGAGUGGAGGCGGGCUCCGGAGCUCAGAGAGAGCGGCCGGUGAUCGGUUUGGGAAUCCUGGAGCUCGCGAAUCGGAGAAGGACAGGUGCUCGGUUUUGUAGGGGUUUCUUAAGCAACAAAAGCAACAAACGCAACAUCACCAAGCAGGCCUGUUUCUUUGAAGUGACUGAAUCCUCACCUGUGACUCAGGUCACUUGCAUGUUUAAGGCCGGAGACGAGGAUGGCACCACGUCGGACCCGGACGAAGAGAGUCCAGGUCUUUCACCGAAUCCAUUUUUGAGCGCCACCAACUGGGUAUAG